AUGGGAUAUGCCUACUUUAGCUUCGCCGCGCUCUACGCCGUUCCGGUGCUCUGCUACGCCACCCUGCCGCAGCUCUGCCUCCUCCGCGGCGUCCCGCUCUUCCCCUGCCCCGCCGCCGCCGCAGCGGCGUUCGCGUCCUCGCUGCUGCAGCACCUGGCGGAGGUGUGCGUGGCCAGGCACGGGAGGCUGGACCUGCGCACGUGGUGGAACGAGCAGAGGUUCUGGGUGCUCAACGCCCUCACCGGUCAGCUCUUCGGCUGCGUCAACGCCGCCCAGGAGCUGCUCGGCGCGCGCGCCUUGGACUUCGACCUCACCAACAAGGCCGCCGACGGGAGGCUGUACCAGGACGGCGUCUUCGACUUCACGGGCUGCUCCACCCUGCUGCUCCCGGCCACCACGCUCUCCGUGCUCAACGCCGCGGCCAUCAUGGCCGGCACCUGGAAGAUGACGUCGUGGGGCGGCUUCCAAUUCGCCGGCGAGCUGCUCCCGCAGCUGUUCCUCAUGUGCUACGGCGCGGCGCUCAGCUACCCGCUGCUAGAGGGGAUGUUCCUCCGGUGGGAUGCUGCCAGGGUUCCGCCACGCAUCACCGCACUCUCGGUCGCCUUGGCAGCCGUGCUGCUCGCCGUGUUUGGAUGA